UGUUGAUUGAUUCUUAUUAAUUAAUGUUAUUUUCUUUGUACAUAUUUUUUCGUGUCCAAUCGUGCUCGUGAACUCGUUCUGAUUUCGUGUCGUGUUAAAAAAUUUGACUCAUAUUUACUAUUGCCAAGUAUGUAAACUACUCAACUCUCCCACCAAAUGCAAAGAUUUUCUUAUUCUUUAUUGAAAAAUAAUAAUAAGUAAUUUACGGCAUAAAUACAUAAGUUUAACUCUUAGUUACAGAUAAAUGACUAAAUUUAAUUUUUUACGGUAAUAAUAUCUAUGUUAUAUUUUUUCAGAACUUCUAUAAAUACAUAAUCGUUAAAUGCUAAGUCAAUAUUUACGUGAAUCAAGACUACUAUGUGGUCAUUCACUUAGCGUUUAACAGUGAAAUACUUACGAAAGUUCUACCAAUAUAACAUAGGUAUUAUUAUUAUCAAAAAUAAAAUUUAAUUAUUUAUUUGUAAUCGAUAGUUAAAUUUUGAUAUUUACGCCACAAAUUACUCAAUAUAUAUAUAUAUUCAUAAAUAUGCUUAAAAUUAAAUUUUCAUUGCCAUCCUAUAAAAACAUCAAUUUAAAAACCAUUCCUCAUUAGUAAUUAUGUGAAAUAUGGGUUGUAGAAAGUGAAACGAGUAGCCAAUGAGUUGUUCUACGCUAAUUAUUCAAGGGAACUCUGUUCUCCCCCGAAAUCUAAACCCCAAAUCCAAAAACUUGAUACACAGUAACAGAAGAAGAAGAGAAGUAAUCUCUGUGUUACAGAAAUGCAAACACAUUAACCAACUACGCUCUUUACAUGCUAAAAUCCUAAGAAAUGCUCAAGAACAAGACCCCUUCAUUGUUUUCGAGCUUCUUCGUCUGUGCUCCAAGAACAACUUCAUUGACUACGCCUACAACAUUUUCCGAACCGUUCGAACCCCAAAUGUCUACCUCUACACUGCUCUAAUCGAUGGGUUUGUUUUCAAUGGUUUAUACUUUGAUGGGUUUCGCUUAUAUUGUCUUAUGGUUGAUGAUUCCAUUGUUCCUGAUAACUAUGCUGUCACCUCUGUUCUUAAAGCUUGUGGCUUUCAGUUGGGUUUGAAACAAGGUAGAGAGAUUCAUGGCCAGGUAAUUAAACUUGGGUUGUCUUCGAAUCGAUCGGUGAAGAUGAAGUUAAUUGAGGUUUAUGGAAAAUGUGGAGAGUUUGUGGAUGCACGACAAGUGUUCGAUGAAAUGCCUGAACAGGAUCUUGUUGCGUCGACCAUUUUGAUGUCUUGUUAUUUUAGUUAUGGAUUAGUUGAAGAGGGGAAUGAUGUUUUCAACCUGCUUAGGAUUAAAGACACAGUUUGUUGGACUGCCAUGAUUGAUGGGUUGGUCAAGAAUGGGGAAAUGAAUAAGGCAUUAGAGCUUUUUAGAGAGAUGCAGAUGAAAAAUGUGAAGGCUAAUGAAGCUACCAUUGUUUGUGUUUUAUCAGCUUGUUCACAGUUAGGAGCAUUGGAACUUGGAAGAUGGGUUCAUUCCUAUAUGGAAAAGUAUAAAAUCAAGCUUAAUCAUAUUGUUGGUGGUGCAUUGAUUAAUAUGUACUCAAGAUGUGGUGACAUUGAUAAAGCACAGAAAGUAUUUGAUGACAUGAAAGAGAGAGAUGUCAGUACUUAUAACUCUAUUAUUACUGGGCUUGGUAUGCAUGGGAAGAGCAUUGAAGCCAUUGAGAUGUUUCGGGUAAUGAUAAAACGAGGAUUUAAACCGAAUAGUAUUACUUUUGUUGGUGUCCUUAAUGCCUGCAGUCAUAGAGGAUUGGUAGAUUUGGGGUUUGAGAUAUUUCAUUCUAUGGUUAAAGACUAUGAGAUUGAACCACAAAUGGAGCAUUAUGGAUGCAUUGUUGAUCUUUUGGGUCGAGUUGGGAGACUCGAAGAAGCUCACUCCUUCAUUCAGAGAAUGAAAACAGGUCCUGAUCAUAUUAUGUUGGGUGCUUUGUUGAGUGCUUGUAAAACACAUGGAAACCUUGAACUUGGUGAACAAGUGGCUAAGACUUUGCUGGAUUGUGGGAAAGCAGAUUCGGGGACCUAUGUGCUUCUCUCGAAUGUUUAUGCUUCAUCGGGGAGAUGGAGUGAAGCUGCAAAAGUUAGAGCAGAGAUGAAGGAAGGUGGAAUCCAAAAGGAGCCAGGUUGUAGUUUGAUUGAAGUGAACAAUGAAAUUCAUGAGUUUCUUUUGGGAGAUAUAAGACACCCCCAAAAGGAAGAAAUCUAUAAUAAGUUGGAGGAGAUUGAGAAUAAGCUUAGAUCAUCAGAAGGGUAUUUGCCAUCUACUGAGAUGGCUUUACAAGACAUUGAAGAUUGGCAAAAGGAAAGAGCUUUGGCAAUACACAGUGAGAGACUGGCCAUCUGCUAUGGUCUAAUCUCUACCGAACCCAACACAACUUUGAGGAUUGUGAAGAACUUGAGAGUAUGCAAUGAUUGCCAUUCGAUGAUCAAGCUUGUCACUAAGAUUUGCAAGAGAAAAAUUGUGGUCAGGGAUCGAAAUAGGUUCCACCAUUUUGAGAAUGGGGUUUGUACUUGUGGGGAUUAUUGGUGAAAAAAAAAACAUAUAUAUGUAAUUUGAAAAUGACCAUGUAUUAUUAUUAUGUAUUUAACAUUAAGUUAUGUAUCACUAUGAGAAGAGAAAUGCUAAUAGAAAGAUGAGAGUACUUUAUACUGUGAAAAAACCUUUUUCAUUUUACAGAAACUAUAGCUGAAAACAUUUCAAUGUUAUCACUUAUUUAUGUUUUUAGUUCUUGAUGUUGUUUAUGUAACAAGUCAAUCGUUUGUAUGAAGAAGAUUCAGAACUUUUUGACAA